CGGUAGCCGCGUUUUGUGUUUAUUUUCUCGUUUACAAAUCUAAUAAAAAAAUAGUAGUGUAGAUUCACCUAUUGGAAAAAUAGUAUCUGUCGUUAAAUACUGUACAAAUCAUGUGGUCGAACGAGAUACAUUUAGCUUUAAAAAACGUCGUGGAAAUCCAUCAUCAAGAGGAACGACACAGCAGAAGCACCGACAGCUCUCUAGAAGAUGCAGCGGCGGCUCCACAAGGAAGUAUCGGAGGAUUUUUCAGAGAUGGAUCGUUAGGCUGGAAUGCCAGGGGAUCAUUACUUGAGGUUUUUUGUACCAAAAGUGGCGCAAAACUGGUGUCCCAUAGUUUUGAUCAAGAUUCUAAAACUCGAAAUUGUGUCAUUUGUAGUGCCGAAGAAAUGCAGCUUAAUGAGACCAGCUGCUGUGUUGUGGCAGUGGUAAUUCAACUUGAAAGUGAUUCGAGUGUGGUAACCUUGUUGACUGUGCAGGGAUCUCGAAUCUUGGGACGUAUUGACGUCAAUGAAAAGCUGACCUGCUUGAAACCGAUCAGCAAAUUGUCGUACAGCAGGGGUCGAAUAGCCGGUUAUAAUGGAUGUCUAGCGGUUGGCACUGCGAGUGGAAAGGUUUUGCUCAUCGAUGCUUGUUUAAAAUUCGAGGAUAACCUUAUAUUCGGACGACGUUUAGUGAUGAACAAACUACAAAAAAACCAAUGUCACAUAGAGUUUUCCAGCAUCGAUAUCGAGCAGAUUGCAGCGAUUCAUGCGUUAGUAAGGGAUAGGGAUGUUUAUUUCGGUUUGCAGUUGGAUACGGUAGGAGAAGAAGACAGUCCAGUGAUAAGCUUGAUCGAUCUGCCUGCGUUGAUGGCUAUUGCUGUGGGUUUUGCGGAUGGUCGAAUCGUUAUAUAUGACCUUCUGGAACUACGCAUCAUUCAUGUGACUUAUCCGGCUGUGGAAGAUUCUCCGGUGGUCAGCAUGAAUUUAGUAGAACCAACUGAUGAUCCCAAAGCUUGUGUCUAUAUUUGGGCGUUCCACGCCGGUGAAGAUGGGGCGUUUGCUGUCAUGCAUACCCUAAUGUACGAAGAGAAAUAUGUUGAAUCACAUGGCCACGUUUACGAGGGGUUCAUUUCCUGUAGUCCACGUUUAACAAUCCCAUGUCAUGAUAAGGGAAGUUUUCCUCUCAAUGUGCAGUCCAUCAUGAAAACCGUGAGCCAGGAGGAAGAGGUUCUGACCCUGUGCGUGUUAAGUUGGGUCGGAUCGGAUAAAUCAACCAACAUCGUAGUGUUUGAUCUAAAUCAGUGGUAUAAGGCAGAAAUGCCCCAUACUUGUAACUGGCGACACGAUCUAAAUCACACCGUUGUGUUUAGUAUUAAGGAUUUUGCUGUAAAUGUUUGUUUAGUAACGGAUUCCUUGGUUCCGUUCAAUUCUAUUCAGCGACCAGAGGAGCAUUUCUAUCCAAAUUCUUUGAGUUUUGAUAUUAUUGCGUUAAACAACGAUAAUUGCACUCGAUAUCACUGGGCAGGAUUGCAAAAUAAAAUCCUAGACUAUUUUGAAAAAAGCGGUUCUGCAUGCAUCAUGGAUCCGGGCAAAAUUUACAACAUAAUGCUGCGAGCUGCCCUAAUGCCUCAAUUCGUGGAUUACAACUUCACCUCGGAGACUCCUUUAGAUGUCCAGCGAGAGUAUUUGCUUUCAGUAGCCUUGGAAUAUAAUUCCUAUUCCUUGCUACAGGAAUGUGCCAUAAAUUGGGCUGAUGGGAGUCAUCUGGGCCAGAACCCGGAGGAGGGCGUUUCGCUGUCCACACUGACCGAGUGGAUCUGGAGUCGUGCCAAGGCAUUGAAAGAGCUAAGCAAUAGCAUGUGUAUUCCGUUGUUCGAUUUAUCUGGCAGGAGGAUUGAUUGUGGCACGCAGAAAACCUUGCUGCACUGUUCUCGACAGCUGCGGCAGCUCACCAAGCUGUACGAUGUAAUUUUGACGAAAUGCAAGCAGUACAUUCCUAGCAAAGUUUUAAAAAAUCUUCAAUCUCAACGAAACUCGAUUCAACUGGCAGCCGAUUAUCAAGAAGUCGUCCAAUGGUUACUGAAUGUAGGGCUACUGCCAGAGGGGAACAUCGACGGUGUAAACUUGUCGGACGAGUUUCUGCUGGUACCGUUUCCAUAUCAAGCGAUUUGUUCCUACUAUGCGUCUCAAAGAACCAUGCUGCAUGAUAAACGUCCCGAGAAGGGAAAUCCAGCGAGCGUAGAAGAGCUCAGUUGUAAAUAUUUAUUCAUCGAUAACUUCAUAGAACGUGAGUUUCCAAAUGAUGUUUUGAGAAAGAUGUGGAUCGAGAACAAUUCCUCCGGUGUGUACCCGCCAAAUUCGAUGCAAAACCUGCUGAGAGCUUUGCUGGUGCCGAACAUCAGUGCAGAGGUGAAAUACGUUUUGCUGUGCUACACAUUCAUGGAUAUGACAGCCGUGCUCGGCGAAGGAAGGUAUGGUGGUAUUGUCCAGAACUUGAUCAAGUUUCCCGCGGUGUUCAAGCUUAGUUCAGCACUGAUCAAACGCACCCAGGCAUUCUGGUUCCUGGAUCACGGGCACAUCGAUGGCGCUAUCGAAGAACUGCUAUCACCAAUGUCCCAAAGCGAGCAGUUUCCUCACUGGCAGCGGGAAUUUCUCAUUUCUACCUUAUUGCGGUACGAUGCAGCACAUUUGGCGCUUCGGGCUCUUCGUGUACCUGGAAUGCCGAUAUCUCCCUUUCUUGAGCUGAAAACAUUACUAGAGAACAAUCUUAUUUCGGAAGCUUUCAAGUUACAACGCUCGAAGCAUGAUAGAAACUUGCUCAGGUGCUUUUUCGAAGGGACACUGAAAUCUGCAAAAUACGAAGUGCUGCUAGAUCUGGCCAUGUCGGAAGACGAAACACGGACAUUGAGGGAGUAUUUGACAACGACUCAACAGGCAAUGGCCGACAAUGUACAUUUCAUACAUCUGCUACAAAAGUUGGAUUUCGUUGAAGCGGUGCAUAUGGUAGAUAGAUUGGGAAGGAAACGUACCUCUGAAUACAACUUGGAAGCACCGAAAGAAGCACUCACUCUAUACCAUGCAGCAUUGGAACCAACGACGCAGCAUUUAUCUUAUUUGGCAUACGCAGAGCAAAAAGAUCUGAAACCAUCGAAAUCCUCAUACGCCGAACCGCUUAGCUCGCGAUUGAUUCGAAGCCGGGCUGAUUUUCGCAAUCGCAUCUACCAUAAAUCGAUUCUAGCGAUCAAAGAAGCAGCAGCACCAUUGGACCAUGUUCAACCUUUCCUCGAAAAACCUGGCCUGGGUAUGUUCCAGUUUCAUACCCAAACCAAAAGUAGUAAUGUGUGUUAUCCAAUUAAGCUUGUUGCAAAGGUUUCCAAAAGAAAGCUGGAUGAUGAUCUCACCGGAACCAAAGAUAAGGGAGCAGACAUCUUCAUUGAUUACGAAAAACCUACCAAGCGUAGGAAGAUUGAAUCUGAAAAUCCGUACUCGUUUGUAGCUCCUAAAAGUGUGCUCACAGAGUUUAGACCCAUGAAACCAUGGUUCAAAUUCAGUAGCCGCAACUCCGAAUGUAGUUCAGGUAAAUCGUUUAGUCGUUCCCCAUCAGCUCAACUUUCGACUCCAGUGGUAAAGAAGAUGGCCAAUUACAAUCCACCAUCACCGGAAAGUGUAAGUUCAUACACACCGCAUGGUAUUCUCAAAUCAACGGCUUCGGUUCAAAGCUUCUUUAAUCGGAAAAGCAUUUCUCCUACGCCGAUAAGUUUGCCAGUGCACCGAGUUAGUGAUGGAGAAGAGAAGAUUCUUAGAUUUGACCUUCCUGAGUCACCACAAGCAGAGAAAGCAGAACCAAGUUUCGUUACGGCAUCCGCACAGCAUGAGCUUCAAAAUGAGUCCAUGGUGUCGAAUGAUGAGUUUUUCUCACCCGAGGCAUCAGUUGCUACUCUGGACGAUGAGGACAUGAAGAAUAUUUUUUCCUCUGGACCGAAAGGCCGUCGAUCAAUCCAUAGCCGUUCGCGAUCGGCAAGUCCUGUCGAAAACAACAUCGCCAUUAUCAUUGAAGAUGUCGACGAUGAUUCUUCCAGCAAACAAGCCGGAAGUCAGUUGGAAGAAUCCAUGGAUUUUGGUGAGAUGGUUUCAGACGAAGCUUCCACACCAACAAUGCCGAUUCUGACUGGACCGAGUGCUGGGAAAUCAUUGGAGCGGUUGGUAUUAGAGGCAAAUAUUCGCAAAGCACUUGUUGCUGAUAUGGCAGCUGCGAUGUCGGAAGCUGAAGCGAAAACGGUUGAAGAAGAUACUAAUGUAGCCGAUGAUCAACAGAAUAUUCUUUCUGCUGGACCCCAAAGUCGAAGGUCAGUUCAUAGUUAUUCGCGAUCGGUGACUCCUGACGAAAACAGCAUCGCCAUAAUCAUUGAAGACGUCGACGAUGAUUCUUCCGCCAAGCAGGUGGAAAGUCAGUUGGUCUUACCAAUGGAAUUCGGUGAUACACUUUCAGACGAACAUCGUAUGCAAGCGUUGCCAUCGAAAUUGAGUGAAUCGAUUGCCGGGAAAUCAUUAGAGCGGUUAGAAUUGGAGGCCAACACUCGUAAAGCGGUUGUUGCUGAAAUAGCAGCUGAUGUUGCGGAAUCAGAAAUUGCUGACAUAGAUUCGUUGUUACCUGAGAACGACGACGGACGCCAAGACGAACCGGCCUUAGUGAUAUGCGGUACUGCAGAAUCAGAGGAAGUAUAUUUUCUCGAAGUGGGGCAGGGUACCGCUACUGAAGGAUUGUAUACUGAUAGUAAAGUUACCUAUGGAUCCGUUAGUGAUCCGGCAAUCAUAUUAGAUGAAGAUGAUGAUGACGUGGAGGAGAUGCGUGCAGAAUCCGAGGACUCGAAUCCGGAAUCACAUACCGAGGAAGACUUGGAUCUUGCUGUAGAGGAAGCAUUCGUUGAAGAAGAUAACAUAGAAAUCGAAUCAGACGUCGAAGAAGUUCUCGAAGACGAUGUCGACAACAGUGAAGCAUCCGAUAGCUCAGCCAUUGACGAAGUUAUCAAUAUAUCAAGUGGGUCUGAAAGUAAGAACGAUGCAAGUGACAGUGAUGAUGAAUCAUCGUCGUCAUCAUCGUCAUCAUCCUCGGAUGACAAAGGAGAUCCAACAGAGAAAAAGUCUGCCGUCGAACGAACUUACUCUGAUACGGAACCAGCCAGCAAUAACAGGCAAUAUGCCGAUUUCUAUUCAGAUACUGUUCCAGAACUUUUAAUGAAUCAGGGUAAGGCUGAAGCUGAACCUGAAACUAAAAAUGAAGAGUCAUGUGAUGUACAAGUUUCAACAACCACUUCAUCUACAUUGCACAUUGGCAGUGCUUCCGGUGUGCGAGAACAACAACCGCAAGCCGAAGCGUCUAUUCGUAAUAGCAAUAAUGAGGAAAACGAUAACAGUAAAGGUCACCAAGCCGAAGAUUUAUCUUUGCAACAAGAAGAAAUAGUUGAUGAAGGCGAAGCUCGUGAACAAACACCAGAAAGUUCGGUGAGUCGAGCAAGGGAUCUAUCUGUAACAGGAAACGAACGCCAAGAACCAGUGCCCUUGAGUGCCGAAAUCAAACUGGUUUCGCCCACAAGAGAGGAAUCGUUCAAGCACACCACUAGUGAAGAUAAGUUCCUCGGACCACCGAAAAAAGCCCAUGAAGUCGAUGUCCCUGCUAUGAAUCUUUCCGUGAAGCCUGAUGUAGCACAUGAAGCGAACAGAAAGAAUAGUAAAAGCGACGAGAGUGAUGACUCUGCUGCACUUAAUUUAUCCACCGGGCAGAUUAUCGAAAGACCCCAAGUAGAUGAAGAGAUAUCGGAAUCAGAGACGGCAGAUGUUGAAGAGCAGGCUCAACUGAAAGCAGAGACAAGUGGCCUAUCACAGAAACAACUGGAAGCUAAUGUUGACGACCCCAUGGAGGGUACCAGUUCCCGAGUAAUCCAGCUAAAGUCCUCAGAGGUCAGUAGUGAGCAAGAUGACACACAGGAAAUGUCCAGUGUAAUAGGAACACCCGAUAAGCAGGCCAAUUCAAAGGAGAAGACAAGUGAAACACCAGCAUCUAGCGAACUCCCUUCAAAAGUGUCAUCAAAAUCUCCGGAUAGUGAAGUGAACACAGCAUCAAGAAGAACGAGGAAAAUGUCAACAGGAAGUGUGGAUACUUCGACUCCCAGAAGCUCUAUCAAGACUAGACGAAUGUCUGCCAUAGAACAACUUGAACAGACGCCAACAAAGCGUGCUACUAGAGCAUCUUCGCUGGCUCCUGAGGGUAGGUCUCCGGAAACUGUAUCCGUAAAAAGUAAUAAACAUUCCUCGAUGACAAACCUUUCCACACCUGACAAUUCGGCGACACCUAGACGGUCGACAAGAGCGUCAUCUUUAGCCAAGGAAGUACUAACGAAAACUCCCUCGCGGAAAAAACGUUGCACAUCGGAAACAUCUACGGAUGUAAUGGGAUCUAAAAACGUAUCACCCGAAGAGGCAAACGAUAGCAUCGUUGACGAUAACAAAUCAGAAGUUUCUAAUGCCAGCACCAGCAGCCGUCGAAGUACUCGCCGCUUAACAGCAGCCAGAAAAUUACCUCUCCAAUCGACUAUAUCAGAAGAGUCCACAGAAGGCGCUUCUCCGAAACAAUUGAAAUCCUCAUCGUCAAAGGUCGCGGAGGAAUCAUUUGCAGAGUACACUACAAACCGUCGGCUCACUCGCCAUCAAUCGGCAAUAAUAGAAAAAUCACUAGAUAUCGUUCGUAAACUAAAUACAUCGUCCGAAGACGCUGCUAGUCCGUCAAUGUCACAUGAAGAGGCAGAUAGUGAGUCGGAAUCCGUAGUGUCCAACAUUAGCAACGUAUCGAAAAGAUCAACGCGUUCGAAGACUAGCCAACGAUCCACGGGAAAACCUUCAAGUCUCCGGGACAAAGCUAAACCGGCAGCUAGUGCUAGUGGACGGUCCACGAGAUCGUCUGCCUCGAAGCGGGACAACAGCGACGCCGAGAGUGUUGACACAGAUGCAGCAGAUAGUCCAACGAAGAAAGGCAAGCUGGAAACGAUCACUGAGGAAGAAGAUGAAUCACUUACAAAAGGUCGACGUCGUGGAAGACGUAGAAACGUUUAGCGUUCGUAUUAAGUAGGAUAACAGCUUACCAUAGCAUUUCUACCGGUGUAGGUAUGUAAAUCCGUGCAGAUUAGAUCUUUUCUUCUUAGAAGUAACGCAUUUUCUUUGUGGUAUUCAUUGUAUCUGUCGUAGAUUAAUAAAUGCGUUUAUUUCAAUUGAUUGUCGUUUGCAAUUGAAAGAAAAGCCUUAUGCG